UGUUUCCGAAUGCUUCCGAAUGUUUCCGAUUAGUUUCAAAAACCAAUUUCGUGUCAGAUGGCGCCACGAAAUUGUGUUUGGCACAAAAAACGCAAAGGCUUCUCCUUGCACGUCGCGUGCGUUUUCCGGUUUUUGGUUUUGCGUCAAAAGAUCCGGCGCUUUUGGGCGCUUUGGAGUAUUGUUGACAAAUAAUGUACUUAUAUCUACCUACGUAAUAAUACCGUUCCUCAACGAGUCAUUAGAUUUGCAUACAGGGAGAAGUUUUCAGGAAAAAUAAAGUCUGACAUAAAAUAUAAUCGUAUCUUAUGAAAUGUGCGGUUAAUAGAAAUAGCUGCUGGGGUUAAGUUCACGUUGUUAUUUAUGCUUACCCUCAUUUAUUCCUUGCUGGUUGAACAAUAAUCACUUGUCACAAUGGACGACCAAAUUUGUCCCCGUUGUAAAACGACCAAGUACAGAAAUCCGUCGUUGAAGUUGAUGGUAAACGUGUGUGGACACGCGUUAUGCGAAAGUUGCGUCGAUCUCUUGUUUUUGAAGGGCUCUGGCGCUUGUCCCGAAUGUCAAAUACCGUUGCGAAGAACAAAUUUCAGGGUCCAAUUGUUCGAGGACUCGAUGGUAGAAAAAGAGGUAGACAUCCGCAAGAGAAUACUCCGCGACUUCAACAAAAAAGAGGAGGACUUUACAACGCUGCGAGAGUACAACGAUUACCUCGAGGAAAUUGAAACGAUAAUAUACAACCUGGCCAACAAUAUCGACGUAAUAGAGACGAACAAGAGGAUAGAGCAGUACAAGAAGGCGAACAAGGAACAAAUUUUGAAAAGCAAGUCCAAGCUGGGCAGGGAGGAAUACGAGCUUGAGGAAUUGUUAGAGCUGGAAAAGCAGCAGGAGGAGGAGCGGAAAUUGGAGUUGAUAAAGCAGGAGGCUGAAAUGAAGAAGAAAAAAAUACGUGAGAAAGAGGCUCUCAUCGACGAGCUAAUGUUCUCAGAAGCGGACGCCGCGAACAUUGUCGAGACGUUCGCGUCUACGAUCCAGGCGACCAGAGAGGAAGCUAAGGUCGUGCCGGUCGCAAAAGUAACCCAAUUCAGUACCGGAAUAAAAUUCGGCAGACAGGGUCAGCAGACAUUCAUGCCUGUACCGAAAGUCGAGGAAGGUCCUACCUACUGCUACAAGCGUAUCGAGCAGGAAGUCGAAGGUCCGCAUCCUCCUGGCUGGCAGGAAAUGGAAUCUGGCGGAUAUAUCGCGCACGUCAGAAGCGAGAAGCCGGCAGAAAAAGCCGGAGGCUUUAAGUCGAACAUUGCGUGUUUGAGAGCGCUUCAGGAAGCGAUGGCUGGGCUGUACCACAAUCCCUCGCAAAGACCUCCCGAGUCGAUGGCAAUCUGACCCUACGACUGGUCAUAAAUUGCCGACGGUCUCCCGUCAGUUUGUUAAAAACUCCUGACGAUAUCGACUGACUGCGAUGAAAACUAGCUUAUUAUACCCACAUGGUGAACAGACACUCCCAGGCUCAUGUAGUAUCGUGUAAAUAAUAUAUUCGUGGGUUGCUUUCACAACGAAUUAUACAUUUCGUACGGCUGUACCGCUUUCAUUAUAUUGUAAGAAAUUGUUGACAAUUUAAUGCUUAAAAAGAUGAGGAUGAUAAUAAUAAUAGUAAUUAUCGUUGGGUGGAAGAGUUUGUAAAAACAAAAUAGAGGUAUGCGAUCGGUA